AUGACGAAACCCGCUGGACCACUGGACGUGAAUUGCCGAACUGCGAGUCGUGCCGAAAGCAACACGAAAUCGGCGGAUGCUACUGCCAGCAACGAAGUCAGCGACAGCGAGGAAUUGACUUACCCGGAAGGCGGCGUGGAGGGAUGGGGCAUGGUGCUCGGUUCAUUCUGCGCGAUGGUUUCAGUUUUCGGUCUGCCAAACACAGCCGCAGUCUUUGAGUCUUACUUCUCUGAGCAUCAAGUUCGAGAGUACACGCCUUCUCAGAUUGGCUGGAUCUUCUCCAUUUACCUGUUUGUUACCUACCUGUUUGGCAUUUUAGCAGGGCCCAUAUUCGACAAACAUGGAUAUCGUAUUUACAGUCUCGUUAUCUUGAGCUUCUGCGACACUUACUAUCAACUAAUGUUGACCUUCUCGGUCCUGGCUGGUCUCGGUGCGUCUUUGCUGAAUACCCCAGCGUUUGCUAUCAUCAGGCACUGGUUCAACAGUAGACGGAGUCUAGCCAUGGGAAUCGCAGCAACGGGCGGCUCGAUCGGGGGCAUCGUCUUCCCCCUUGUUUUACAGGUAGCUUUGCCAAAGCUUGGGUUCGCUUGGAGCAUGCGCCUCCUGGCUUUGUCGUACCUGGUACUUGCGAUCCCUACCAACUUAUUUCUACGAACGCGUCUGCCUCCCAGCAAAGCUUUCGCUACCAUCUGGCCAGACUUCCACUUGUUCAAAGACCUGAAGUUCCUGUCUUGUUGUGGGGGGAUCUUCUUCAUGGAGUACGGAGUGCUUAUACCCCUCACGUAUAUUGUGUCAUUUUCGGUAAGUAAGGGGCAAACCGCCAAUGCUAGCUACGUGUUGCCAAUUCUUCUCAAUACCGGCAGUGUUGUCGGCCGCGUCGUUCCUGGCUUCGUCUCAGAUAGAAUAGGUCGAUUCAACACCAUCAUUCUUACCGUCGGGUUAUGUACGGUGUCAGUCUUUGCACUUUGGCUACCAGCGGGUAGCUCAUGGCCAACUAUUCUCGCAUUCACGUUCAUAUUUGGGUUUGCCAGUGGGGGCAAUCUUUGCGACUCUCGAGACUAUGGUCGUUUCUUGUCCACGGCCAUGCUUUCAGCUAGGUUUGGGACACUGACAGGUAUUCCUCUCUGA